AAAAAGUUAAGAUCAUUAUGGCUCAGAUUAACUUCGAGGGUUUGAGAGAGCUACACGACUGCGCAAACUAUCUCCUCGAUCACUGUCCAAAAACAAGAGAAUCUCUGUCUGAACAAGGACAAGAGAAGUGGACGGAACAAGUUUCUGAAGCUUCAUUGAGGAUGUUAGACAUCUGUAGCGUAUCUAAAGAUGUGAUGACGCUAGUUAAGCACAGCUUGCACGAUCUACAACUUACUCUACGUGGAAACGAAUCAUCAGAUGUGAACGAGAAGAUAGCAGCGUAUAAUCAAUACAAGAACAGGCUCAAGAAGGAGAUAUUGAAAUGCUUAAACUGUCUAAAGAGCAUGAAACGAACCGGAGGAGGAGUAGCGAUGCCGACAGAACUUAAUCUUCUAUUUGUAGCUGAGGUUUUAAAGGAAGUGAGAGGAGCUGUUGUGACAAUGGUCGAGUCUUUGUUCUCUCUUGGUUGUAUUCCUUGGCUAGAGAAGAGAUCGAGCAAAGGGUCUUUGUCUUCGAUCUUUACUUCUCGAUCUUCGGAUUGGUUAGAUGAUAUAUGGGACGAGACCGCAGUUCAAAGCGCAGCUACGAGAUUGGAAGCAGCAGAGAUUGCUGUGGAGGAGCUUGAGAUAGAAUUGGAGUCCAUUUUCAGGCGAUUGAUUCAUACAAGAGUUUCACUUCUUAAUAUUAUUACCAGCUAGAUUUAUACAUGUCCAGUUAGGUUUUGCUUCUGGACAUGUUUGAUUGACAUUACAUUGAUUUCUACU